GGGAGGAGGGCAGAAGAGGAAGGAGGUGUCGGCAGAGGAGGAAGAGGGAGGAGGGGCUGGGAAGUCCUGGAGGAGAGGCCCGAGACUCGGCAGGAGACGACGGGAGGGUGCGCUGCGGCUCCCCCCGCUGCCCAACGGCCGCUCCGGAUCCCCUAGGGCGCGAGGCACUCCGAGACGGAGGAGAGGAGGAAGAGACUUUUAUGUCGGCGGACAGCGGAGCGCUCCCCGUCACCGUUGCCUCACAUCCGGGGCUUUGGAGGGCUGGCCCCGCCCCGCCUCGCGCCUUUCAUGGCGACCGGAGGCGGAGGCUGGAGGAGCUGGGCCCGGACGAGGCCCCUUUAAAUCUGCUUAAAGGGGUGGCCGCGGAACUCGGCGGACUCGGACGCCAGCCUUAAAGGGGAAGCCGCUGACCCGAGCUGACAAACAGAACUGUGCUGUCGGGAGACGUGGGGCGAGUGGGGUUUCCCACCUCCUGCUCCCCCACGCGAGAAGGCCUUUAAACUCAGCUUAAAGGGGAAGUGGCCGCUUGUGGAGAACUGGAAACUCAACUCCCGGGCCCUUGAAGGGACGGCCCGCUGUGGGAAGGACCCUGGACUCCUUAAAGGGGUGGCUUCUUUGAGCCGGCAGACUGGAGACACUUUUAAAGGGGAGGUGUGCGCUUCGGGUCGAGCUUUCGGCCCCCUUUAAAGGGGUGGCCCUUCCUCUUCCUCGGGGAGACUAGCCUCGACCCCUGGCAGGGGGCGGCCACCGCGCUCGGCCGGACGGACACCGUCGGGUCGUCUUAAAGGGGCCAGGGGCUGGACAACUUGAGGCCUCGCCUUAAAGGGACGGCCGCUCCGGUUUCGCCGCCGCGGCCCCUCCGGCCCCGCGGAGGAGGGGGCCCUCGGGCUUGUCGCCCCGGGGGCGGCGCCGGUUCCUCGGGCCUUGGCCUCGGGGCAGACUCGGGGCCCCUCAGGGACUGCUUUUAAGGGAAAAACCGUGGCCCUCUCGUCUGUGUGCAGUCGGCAGCGCCGCGCCUGCGACCCCGGGCCUACGGACAGGCCUCUUCGGGGCCCGCCGCCUCCGGAUGCGGCGCUGAGGGCGGUCGCCAUGGAGACGGCAGCGGCCGCGGCCCCGGGCCCCGGCUGGGCAGCUGAGGGGGAGCGGCGGCGGCGGCGCUGCUCACGCCGAGACCGAGACCGGGAGCAGCGGCGCCGCAGAGGGCCAGGCGGAGACGCGCCCCGGGCCCUGCUGGCCGCCCCGCGCGGCUCCUCGUCCUCGUCGUCGCCGCCGCCGCCUGCCAGGCCCUGGUCGUCAGCUUCGUCUGGAGAGCGACCCGGGGGCCCGCGACGGCGGCGGCCCCGACCCAGACCUCGGCCCCCGCGCCCCCGAGCUCGGAAGCGGCCUGCCGGCUCGGGCAGCCGUGGGGAGGAAGAAGAAGAGGAGGAGGAGGGGGGCGGCGAAGACGGGGAAGCCGAAGAAGAGCCCGAGGAGGAGGAGGAAGAAGAGGAGGACUUGAUCGAUGGCUUCGCCAUCGCUAGCUUCGCCAGCCUCGAGGCCUUGCAGAAAGAUGCCUCGCUUCAGCCCCCGGAGCGACUGGAACACCGGCUGAAGCAUUCUGGGAAACGGAAGAGGGGGGGCUCCAGUGGGGCCCCCGGGGAGCCUGGGGACAGCUCGGAUAGGGAGCCCGGGCGGCCCCCUGGGGACCGGGCCCGAAAAUGGCCCAAUAAGCGGAGAAGGAAAGAGGCCUCCUCCAGGCACUCUGUGGAAGCCGGCUACAUAUGUGACGCAGAAAGUGAUCUGGACGAGAGGGUCUCUGACGAUGACCUUGACCCAUCCUUCACUGUUUCAACCAGCAAAGCCUCGGGCCCCCACGGCGCCUUCAAUGGGAACUGUGAAGCAAAACUCUCCGUGGUCCCCAAAGUGUCGGGCCUGGAGCGGAGCCAGGAACAGCCCCCAGGGCCCGACCCGCUGCUAGUGCCUUUCCCCCCAAAGGAGCCACCGCCUCCUCCGGCCCCACGGCCUCCUGUCUCACCCCCUGCGCCCCUGCCGGCCACCCCCAGCCUGCCACCCCCGCCCCAGUCCCAGCUGCAGCUCCGAGUUUCGCCCUUUGGCCUCCGCACUUCUCCCUACGGCAGCAGCCUGGACCUCAGCACUGGCAGCUCUUCACGGCCGCCCCCCAAGGCCCCGGCCCCUCCCGUGGCUCAGCCUCCCCCCUCAUCAUCCUCUUCGUCCUCCUCCUCCUCAUCUGCCUCCUCGUCCGCGCAGCUCACCCACCGGCCCCCGACGCCCUCACUGCCCCUGCCUUUGUCCACCCACGGCUUCCCCCCACCUGGGCUGCGGCCCCCCCCACCACCCCACCACCCCUCCUUGCUCUCCCCUGGCCCCGCCCUGCCCCCACCCCCACCCCUGCUGCAGGUGCCAGGGCACCCUGGGGCCUCAGCCACUAACGCCCUUUCUGAGCAGGACCUGAUCGGCCAGGACCUGAACUCUCGCUACCUGAAUGCCCAGGGUGGCCCUGAGGUGGUGGGGGCAGGGGGCUCGGCCCGGCCCCUGGCCUUCCAGUUCCACCAGCACAACCACCAGCACCAGCAUACCCACCAGCACACCCACCAGCACUUCACCCCUUACCCCCCGGGCCUGCUGCCACCCCACGGCCCCCACAUGUUUGAGAAAUAUCCAGGAAAGAUGGAAGGCCUUUUCCGACAUAAUCCGUACAUGGCCUUCCCGCCCGCAGUGCCCGGGCUCCCGCCGGGCCUCCCACCGGCAGUCUCCUUUGGCUCCCUGCAGGGCGCCUUCCAGCCCAAGAGCACGAACCCUGAGCUGCCACCACGACUGGGGCCGGUGCCGAGCGGGCUCCCCCAGAAGGGGACACAGAUCCCCGACCAUUUCCGGCCACCUUUGAGGAAACCAGGGAAGUGGUGCGCCAUGCACGUGCGCGUGGCUUACAUGAUCCUCAGGCACCAGGAGAAGAUGAAGGGCGACUCCCACAAGCUUGACUUCCGCAACGACCUCCUGCCCUGCCUUCCCGGGCCCUACGGGGCCCUGCCCCCUGGGCAGGAGCUCUCCCACCCAGCCUCCCUCUUCACUGCGACUGGUGCCGUCCACGCUGCAGCCAACCCUUUCACGGCAGCUCCCGGGGCUCACGGACCCUUCCUGAGCCCCAGCACCCACAUUGAUCCCUUUGGGCGUCCCACAAGCUUCGCCUCCUUGGCUGCCCUCUCCAAUGGGGCCUUUGGAGGCCUGGGCAGCCCCACAUUCAACUCCGGCGCCGUCUUUGCCCAGAAAGAAAGCCCAGGGGCCCCUCCAGCCUUCGCCUCCCCGCCAGACCCAUGGGGCCGCCUGCACCGCAGUCCUCUGGCCUUUCCUGCCUGGGUCCGGCCCCCUGAGGCCGCCCGGACACCAGGCUCGGACAAGGAGCGGUCUGUGGAGCGGAGGGAGCCCACACUCACCAAGGAGGAGAAGGACAGGGACCUCCCCUUCUCCCGGCCGCAGCUCCGUGUCUCUCCUGCCACUCCCAAGACCCGGGCAGGUGAGGAAGGGGCCCGGCCUGCCAAGGAGUCCGUGCGGGUAAAAGAGGAGCGGAAGGAGGAGGCUGCUGCUGCCGCCGCUGCCGCUGCCGCUGCUGCUGCUGCUGCUGCUGCCGCCGCAGCCGCGGCUGCACCCCAAGGCCUACACCUGCUGCUGGAAAGGCCACGGCCGCCGCCCUACCUGGGCCCUAGCCCUUCCGAGCGCUGCCCUGGCUUUCUGGAGCCCACCUGGCUGGCAGGGCCUCCGCGCCUCGCCCGGCCACCCCGCUUCUAUGAGGCGGGGGAGGAGCUGACCGGCCCAGGGGCUGUGGCUGCUGCCCGUCUCUAUGGCCUGGAGCCAGCCCACCCCCUGCUCUAUAGCCGCUUGGCACCACCACCGCCCCCUGCAGCCGCCCCGGGAACCCCUCACCUUCUCAGCAAGACCCCGCCAGGAGCUCUGCUGGGGGCACCACCUCCCCUUGUGCCAGCACCCCGGCCUGGUUCCCCACCCAGGGCACCAGGCCCAACACGGGCUGACAGGUGAGGCAGGGGAUAGCCAGGGGCCAAGCCCCAUCCCCCCUCCCUUUGGACAAGGUCCUAGGGCUGAGGUUUGAAGCCAGGGCUGGAGAGCAAAGGUCGUGACCUCACCAGCCACCCAUGAGGUUAAAGAGCCCCAGGAGAAGAGGCGCCAGGGCCAUGGGGGUCCCUGGGUGGGCAGCGGGGGGCAGCCUCACCAGAAAGGGGCAUAUACAUGAGAAUGGGGUUCUGACAGAGGCCAGAGGCAGGGCUGUGAGGUGCAUCAUCACCCAAAGGGCCUCCAGGCCCUUGGCCUGCCUCCCAAGGGCUCAUUAAGCCAGAGGCCAAAGUGCCCCUCCCUUCGCCUGGCACCCCAGUCCCCAUGCCCGCCCAAGGCCAUGGGCAGUAGGGCUAGAGGAAGGGGGUCCCAUGUAUAUAUUUAUCACCCCUUCUCAGAGCCCCCCAGACCUUUUGUACAUUUUUACAGGGGUGCCCCUCCCAACAGCCCCCUUCCUGGUUAAUUAAAUCCUCAGACUGGUGCUGUGUCCUUAGCCUCUAGCCUCUGUGGGGGAGAGGGACUGCAGGGGCAAGAGCCAGGUGGGGACAGGCAGGAACCCAGGACUUCUCCGUGGGACUGUGGGGUCCAAGCGGAGGUGGACCAAUAGGGGAAGGGACCUAGGUUGGGAAACAGGGCAGAUACUUCCCGCUGGGCCGACAGCCUGGGUGCCCCCUGACUUGUUCCUGUUAACUGUGUGCCCCCACUCCCACCCCCCAAAAAAGGCUCAACCUCUAAGCCUCAGACUGGCUCAUUGCCCCCUUUCCAAGUGCCCCCAGGACUCCUGGGCCCUGCAGAACCCUGUCCACAGAACCCUGCCCCAGGCCAUGGUGGGGGCCCCGAGAAGGUCACCACAUACCAUACACCAAAGAAGGGGGUUGGCCCAGGGCAGUAGGGGGCGAGGCCCACAGCAGCCCAGCCUUCCCAAAGCAGCAGGCACCUCCAGGCCGGGGCCGACCUAACAGGCAGGGCUCCGUUUCACAAAGCUGUCACGUUGACUUUUUUCCCCGGUGGGGCUUUAUUCUGUAACAUGACUUGCGGAUAUUUAUAUAAAAAUGAGUGUUACAAUGAG